UCUCUCUCUCGCGCGCAAGGCAUUCUCCUCCUCACGCGGCGCCGAAGAAGAAGAAGCCGCCAUGGGCCUGCUGCUGCACGUCCUCUUCGAACACGCGGCGGGAUACGCGCUCUUCGCCCUCCGCGGCGCCGAGGAGCUGGCCCUGCUCCUCCCGCAGGUGGAGCAGAGUGUCCUGGAGCUGGGCAAGUUCCUGACCCUGGUCAAGCUGGUGGCCUUCUCCCCCUUCAAGUCGGCCCAGAGCGCCCUGGAGAACAUCAACGCCAUUUCGGAAGGGAUCUUGCAUGAGGACCUCCGGCUCCUGCUCGAAACCAACCUGCCGGCCAAAAAGAAGAAGGUCCUUGUGGGGGUCAGCGAUGCCAAAAUUGGGGCUGCCAUCCAGGAGGAGUUGGGCUACCAAUGCCAGACGGGAGGAGUGGUCGCGGAGGUCACGCGAGGUAUCCGGUUGCACUUCCACAGCCUGGUCAAGGGCUUGACCUCUCAGUCAGCCUCCAAGGCCCAGCUGGGCCUCGGACACAGCUACUCCCGGGCCAAAGUGAAGUUCAACGUGAACCGAGUGGACAACAUGAUCAUCCAGUCCAUUAGUCUCUUGGACCAGCUGGACAAAGACAUCAACACCUUUUCCAUGCGAGUCAGAGAGUGGUACGGAUAUCAUUUCCCAGAACUGAUAAAGAUUGUGAGCGAAAACUACACUUACUGCCGCCUGGCCAAACUCAUUGGGAACCGGAAGGAGCUGAGCGAGGAAAGCCUGGAAGCCCUGGAGGAAGUGGUGAUGGACAGCGCCAAGGCUCAGGCCAUCCUGGAAGCCUCCCGUUCCUCCAUGGGGAUGGACAUCUCUCCCAUCGACCUCAUCAACAUCGAGAGCUUCUCUCGGCGCGUCAUCUCGCUCUCGGAGUACCGCAAAGGCCUGCAAGAAUAUCUCCGCUCAAAGAUGAGCCAAGUGGCUCCCAGCCUCUCGGCUCUGAUAGGGGAAGUGGUGGGUGCCCGCCUCAUCUCCCACGCUGGCAGCCUCACCAAUCUGGCCAAGUAUCCCGCCUCCACAGUACAGAUCCUGGGUGCAGAGAAGGCCCUGUUCAGGGCUUUAAAGACAAGGGGCAACACCCCCAAGUAUGGCUUGAUAUUUCACUCCACCUUCAUUGGCCGGGCAGCGGCCAAGAACAAGGGGCGCAUCUCUCGCUACCUGGCCAACAAGUGCACCAUUGCCUCCCGCAUCGACUGCUUCUCAGAGGUUCCAACUAGUGUCUUUGGGGACAAGCUUAGAGAACAAGUGGAGGAGCGGCUGGCCUUCUAUGAGACAGGGGAGCCCCCGCGCAAGAAUCUAGAUGUCAUGAAGGAAGCUGUUGUGGAGGCAACAGAAGUGGCAGCUGAGAUCAAGAGGAAGCUGGACAAGAGAGAGAAGAAGAAGCGGAAGCGAGAAAAGAAGCGGCUGGAGGCUUUGGCGGCGGCAGUGGAAGACGAAGAGAUGGAGAGCUCAGUGCUGGAGACAACAGCAGAGGAAAAUGAGUCUAAGCCCAAAAAGAAGAAGAAAAGGAAACGCCAAGAGAUGGAGGAGGAAGAUGAGUUGGAACCGACUGAGAACGGCCUGGAGGAAGAAGAGGCCUCUCCCAAGAAGAAGAAGAAGAAAGUGGCUGCAAUGGAGACCCCUUCCCCCAAGGCGAAAAGGACAAAAAAGAAAAAGGCCAGGACGGAGGACGAGGAGGACUAGCAUGUUGGGUUCCACAGAAUCCACUCCUGUCUCUUCCUUCAAAGCUGACUUUGGGGACAAGGUCCUCCUCCUUUUUCUGUCCAGUUUUUUCAUGGCAAUUGAAUGUACCUUGCGAGGCUGGAAAGUAAGUGGACAGAUGACCAGCCUGCAGAUGUUGGGGGGGGGGGCAGGAUUAUCCUCUGCUCCAAGGGAGAGGGGCAGAAGGAGCUGGCUGGGCUGCCCCCCAAAAAACGCUUAGCGUUCAGAAACAGCCCCUUCGCAAGCGUCUGCGCAGCCUCGCCACUAAGGGGCAACGGGGGAGGUCACAGUAGCUGCUUCUGCAACAGAAGCACCUGGCGUUUUGCGUACUUACUCUGCUAACAAUAAAACGUAUGGCCUUUUUCUAGCAA